AUGAUGGUAAUCGAUGGUUGUUUCAUCAUUGCCCUCCUUUGCAAGGUGGCCGGGCUAAUCACCGGCCACAAAGACGAUCCCAUCUUCAACAUGGUCUGGCUGUGGAGCAAGCUUCAGAAUGACUUACUGAUGUUUGAAAAUCAAAUACCAUUCAUCAUCCUCCAACGCCUAUUCGAUCUGAUGAAGGUCCUGGGCGGUCAUGAUUGCCCCUCCCUGACUCGCCUAGCCCUUGAUUUCUUCCAAGGACUGGUGCCCAAGAUUGAAACAGCCACAAAAGAGAACCCCAAUAUCAAACCCAAGCAUUUACUCCAUCUCUUCCACUCUAGCCUACUUCCUACACCCAAAGAAUACAAACCAACAAAGCUAAAUCAAAGGGAGGCUAAUGACUUCAACCUGAUAAAAUCCACAAAGGCACUUAAGAAGGCUGGAAUCAAGUUCAAGAAAGCGGAGGCGGCGGACAGCUUCUUCGACGUGAAAUUCAAAGCCGGCACAAUGGAGAUACCGACCAUCGUAAUUGGUGAAUCCACUAACUCUGUGUUCCUCAAUCUGAUUGCGUUCGAGCAAUGCUACUCUGCAUGCACUGAUCACUUCACAGACUACACCGCUUUCAUGAAUUGUCUGAUCAACUCCCCCAUUGACGUGGGGACCCUCUGCGAGAGUGGGAUUAUCGUGAACUGGCUAGGGAGAGAUCAUGAGGUGGCUAACCUGUUCAAAAUGUUGGCUAAGACAUUAACCGUUUCGACAAACAAGUUCUAUCUCUCCGACGUGUUUUGGGAGAUUAAUCAGCAUCGCCAGACCACUUACGGUGCAUGUAUGGAGAGCUUGAAGAGAUUUUACUUCAACAGUUUCUGGUCCAUUUUCCCUUUUGGGGCUGCUAUUAUUCUUCUGGUCCUUACAUUCUUGCAGACCAUCUUUACCAUGCAUGCAUAUUAUCACCCUCCAUCCUAG